UCUGCUGAUGCUAAUGUCCUCUGCCAGCCAAGGUCUUGUUUAAUAAACCUCAAGAUGAGAUGGGCGUGCGAGAACUAACAUGAUCAAAAAAAAAAAAAAAAAGCCUCGUCAAUUCAGAACCCACACACCUGAAGCUGCAGCUGAUAAUGAAAGAGGAAUUUCUAAUGCAGAUUGACUCCUGUGGAGGAUCCCUGAAGUUCAAGGUGCGGUACACGUUGGCCCAUGGUCUGUCUGAGCCUGUGGAGAAGCCAGAUGUGAUGCUGGUUGGAAAUGGAGGCAGGCUUGUGUACCGCAGAGGCAACCCCACCCCUGCCCGAGUGGUCAACCAGAAGGAGAUCAAAUUCACUGAAAAAGAGCAUGACAUCUUUGAGGACAGCUGGACUGAAGACUGAUUAAAGUGGACUUUGAGUGCACCCA